CUGGUUUUAUUUUGGUCUUAACAAUCCGAGCCGGCUAGGAUUUCUCCGCCUCCAAAGCAAAACUAGAUUGAAUCCUCUCCAGGAUUCCGGAGACACCAGAAGCACCAUGACGACGGCUGUGCUGGGCGGCGGUCUGAGCGGCCUGUCCGCCGGUUACUACCUGUUGCGGCGGUUCGGGAAGCCGCUGACCAUCUACGAGGCCUCGCCGCGAGUGGGCGGGUGGGUGCGGUCGGAGAACCGCAAGGACAGGAACUUCAUCUUCGAGAGCGGGCCACGCACCAUCCGGCCGAUUGGCCUGCAGGGAGCCAAUACCCUGGAGCUGGUGGAGGAACUGCAACUGGAGGUGACGCCCAUACGACGUAGUCAUGUGGCUGCCCGCAACCGGAUGCUAUAUGCCAAGGGACAGCUCUGCAUGCUGCCCAACAGUCCCAGAGGACUCUUCGGCGUGAUGCCUCCCUUCACCAAGCCGCUGUACAAGGCGAUCUUCCGGGAUCUGGUCACGGCGAGCAAGAAGGCCAAGUUGGAGGACGAGAGCAUCUACAGCUUCGCAGAGCGGCGGUUCGGCAAGGAGAUAGCCGACUACGCCAUCAGUCCCAUGAUUUGCGGCAUUUGCGCCGGAAAUGCCCGCGAAAUAAGCGUUCGCUUUCUGAUGGAGGGCAUCUUCGAGAAGGAGCAGAAGUACGGAGGGGUACUCAAGGGAGCACUCUUAGCCCGCUUUCGUGAUAAGGCAAAGGACUCAAAGGACGGCGGCCUCUUUGCCCAGGGACAGCCCAAGCUGUAUGUCCAGGCGCAGGCGGAGAAGUGGGCCAUGUACGGACUGCCAGGCGGACUGGAGAACCUGCCCAAGGCCAUGCGAAAGUACCUGGGCGAGCGGGAUGUCAAUGUGCAGCUGAGCAACGAGUGUCGCAAUCUCACAUUCAGCGACUCUGGCGUCCGGAUGACCAUCAGGGAUGCCGAUGUGCCGGUGGAGCAUGUGGUCAGCUCGCUGCCCGCUCAUAAACUUGCGCCCCUGGUGAAGCAGCAGCAUCCCUCGCUGAGCGCCCAGCUGCUGGACAUUCCGUACGUGGAUGUGCUGGUGGUGAACAUGCAGUUUCAGGGAAAGCUGCUCAAGCAGGACGGAUUCGGUCUGCUAGUGCCGCCGGUGGAGAAGUUGCCCAUUCUCGGUGUGAUUUUCGACAGCUGCUGCUUUGAAAUGGGCGACAAUACCGUGCUCACCGUGAUGAUGGGUGGCCACUGGUUUAACCAGUGGUUCGGUGAUCGCCCCAGUCCCAAGCAGAUCCUCGACUUGGCCACCAGCCACGUCCAGAAGAUCCUGCAGAUCCGCGAGGAGCCCAAGUUCAGUCGCGUGCACACGCUGCACAAGUGCAUCCCGCAGUACACGGUGGGCCACAAGCGACGCGUCGAAGGCAUCCGGAACUACAUCAAGACUUACAAGCUGCCACUGUCGCUCUGCGGAGCUGCCUACGAUGGAGUGGGCAUCAACGACGUUAUCCUGUCCGCCCGGCGACAGGUGGAGGCCAUGCCGUCGUCCUAA